AAAACGAAUAUUGCGUUACUGACAGUUCUGAACACAGUGCAUGGUUUCAUGGACCAAGGCGUGAUCUAUAAGGAUGAAUUUAAGAUAAUUUACAUUGCACCGAUGAAAGCUUUAGCAACGGAGAUGACAGCGAACUUUGCAAGGCGACUGGCACCAUUAGGCUUGAAAGUGCGUGAAUUGACUGGCGAUACAACGCUGACAAGGAAAGAAAUUGCUGAAACACAGGUGCGAUUGAUCCCCUUGCAAUGCAACGAAUAA